AUGUACCCUAAUUUGGUGGAGAAUGACAGAAACAGAGAUUCUACGACCCUGAUUGUAGACUUCCAGAAAUUGAAAGCUGUCAAUCCCGAUCUUGCGGAGAGUAUUCGAGCUCAUUUCCACAAAGUACUGCCCAGCCUCGAGAAGGCGGCCUCCGAUUUUGUUCGUAAAUACAUCCACGACAGCCAAGACCGUCGCGUCCUCGUGUCCAUCACGAACCUGGACAAGGAAUACCCGCUCCGCGCGCUUCGCUGCGAGCACAUCGGCUCGCUGCUGGCGAUCUCGGGCACCAUCACGCGCACGACGGACGUCAAGCCGGAGCUGCUCUUCGGCUCGUUCACCUGCGACAAGUGCCACACAGAGAUCAAGUCGGUGGACCAGGCCUUUUCCUUCACGAAGCCUGCGAUGUGUCCGAACCCCGACUGCAACAAUCGCUCCCAGUUCACCUUCAACAUGAACGAGUCCCUCUUCGACGACUGGCAGCGCGCCAAGCUCCAGGAAAACACCAACGAGAUCCCCGCGGGGAGCAUGCCCCGCUCGCUGGACCUCAUUCUCCGCAACUCGCUCGUCGAACGCGUCAAACCCGGCGAUCAAAUCGUCGCCACCGGCACGCUCAUCGUCGUCCCCGACGCUUUCGGGUCCGUCCCGCGGGAGGCCGUCAUCUCUAGAGGUCGCCAAGGCCAGGGCGUUUCGCUGGGGAGCGCAGGAACCGCGGGAGAGGGCGUGACGGGGCUGCUGGGGCAGGGCGUGAAGAUGCUGACGUACAAAACGGCGUUUCUGUGCAGCGCGGUGCGCGUGGAGGGCGGCGAAACGCCCGUCACGGCAGAAUUCAGCGACGUGAUGAAGCAGACGAUCAUGGCGAUGCGGGAGGCGAACAUCAUCUAUAACAAGCUGGCGGAGUCGAUCGCGCCCACGAUUUAUGGCCAUAGCGACGUGAAACGCGGGAUUCUGCUGCAGCUGGUGGGAGGCGUUCCGAAGAAGACGGCGGACGGGACGUCGAUCCGCGGGGAUCUGAACAUCUGCAUCGUGGGGGAUCCGUCGACGGCGAAGUCGCAGUUCUUGAAGUACGUGGCCUCGGUGGCGCCGCGCGCGCUGUACACGUCGGGAAAGUCCGCGUCCGCGGCGGGACUGACGGUCGGCGUGACGCGCGACGCGGAGACGCGGGAGGUGUGUCUGGAAGCGGGAGCGUUGAUGCGGAGCGAUAACGGGAUCUGCUGCAUCGAUGAGUUCGAUAAGAUGGACUGGGCGGACCAGGUGGCCAUUCACGAAGCCAUGGAGCAGCAGACCAUUUCGAUUACCAAGGCCGGGAUUACGGCGUCGCUCAACGCGAGGACCGCCGUGCUGGCCGCGGCCAAUCCUGUGGGCGGACGGUACGACCGCACCAAGCCGCUGCGGCAGAAUAUUGCCAUCACGGCGCCGCUGAUGUCUCGAUUCGAUUUGUUUUUUGUCAUUCUGGACGAGUGCGAUCCCGCGGUGGACCGGAAAAUCGCGGAACACAUCAUCCAGCAGCGACGCAGAGAGGGAACCGGAGAAACCAGGGAGUCGUACUUCACGACGGAGCAGAUCCAGUACUACAUCAGCUUCGCGAAGCAAAUCAAUCCGCAGUUCACGCAGGAGGCGCAGGAGCAGCUCGUGGACUCCUACCGCAUGCUGCGCGAGGGAGACUCCGUGGGAUCCAGGACGCAGACCGCGUACCGCAUCACGGUGCGCCAGCUGGAGUCGCUGAUUCGACUGAGCGAGGCCAUCGCGCGCGUGCAUCUCAGCGAUGUGGUCAUUCCGGCGUAUGUGAAGGAGGCCUGCAGACUCCUCAAGCAGUCCAUCAUCCACGUGGAGUCGGCCGAUGUGAGCCUCAAUGAGGAGGACGAAUGGGGGCAAAAUGAGCAAAUGGAGGAAGAAGAACCCGCGAAUUCUGGAAUUCCGGAAAAACAGACGAAGAGUGUUACGUUUGAGGAGUAUUCGAGAACGGCGAAGGCGAUGGUGAUUUUGAUCCAGAAGGAGAAGGAAAGGCAAAUGAGAGAAACGCCGGACGUGCAGUUUAUGGGCAUUAAAUUCGGAGAGUUGAUUAGCGCCGUUUUGAAGACGAUGCGCAUCAGCGAUGCGGAAGAAUUGAAUUAUAAGCGAGGAAUCAUUCGAAGCAUCGCUCGAAGACUCGUUAAUCGAGACCAUAUUCUGGUAGUGAAUAGUGAUAUCGGGCAGAUCGAAGAGGAUGAUUGGCUGGUCGAUGUACAUCCUAACUAUGUCUUGUCUUGCAUUGUUUGUUUCAAAUGA